UGGGGCCGCGGGAUUUCCUCAGCGCUUGGCAUUCCAGUGAAGGAGUGGGGAAGAUGUUGGUUUUUUUGUGUCCACGACCACUCUGACCGGCCUGUGCUAUCUGCCGAAGGCCAAUCAUUAAGGCAUCCGAGGGCUCCGCGUUUAUAUUUCUGUGAAGAACACGCUCUCAGUCGCUAAGAGGAUUGUGGCUGAAAGUUGCCAUAGUUACCGGUCGGUGUUGGUCAGGCGCAGAGGAGCUGGUAUUCCAGAAUCCAGUGCAGAUUUCAAACUUGAUCUGGAGUCAUAUUCAAUACCUGGUACAUCGCAAUUGCUGCUCUGCUCAUGUGUCCCUACCUCCCUCCAUUCCAAAAUAAGACAGCAGAACUGUUGUGGGUUCAAGUAUACCCACUGAGAGAAUGGCUGACCUAGUGGCAUUUUGGGAAGUUGCUCUAAGUGAUGGUGUGCACAAAAUAGAAUUUGAGCAUGGCACCACCUCAGGAAAGCGAGUGGUGUAUGUUGAUGGAAAGGAAGUUAUACGGAGAGACUGGAUGUUCAAACUUGUUGGGAAGGAAACCUUUGCAGUCGGGGCUACUAACACAAAAGCAACAAUCAACAUUGAUGCAAUUAGUGGUUUUGCUUAUGAGUACACAUUGGAGAUCAAUGGGAAAAGCCUGAAGAAAUAUAUGGAGAACAGGUCAAAGACUACAAACACUUGGAUAUUAAAUCUGGAUGGAAUAGAUUCUCGAAUUGUGCUAGAGAAGGACACCAUGGAUGUUUGGUGCAAUGGGAGGAAAGUGGAGACAGCGGGUGAAUUUGUGGAGGAUGGUACUGAAACCCACUUCACUAUCGGUAACCAUGACUGCUGUAUCAAAGCUGUUAGCAGUGGGAAACGAAGAGAAGGAAUCAUCCACACUCUUAUUAUGGAUGACCAGGAAAUCCCAGAGUCUGUUGAGUGACUUCCUGUAGACCAGCUGCACAAAAGAACAAAAUUCUAGAAAAAAUGGGGACAUCAGUUGUCAUGAUUUCAAAUAUGUCAUAGUAAUGAAGGAAUACUACUCAUGAAGUUGUCAGUUGAGAAAAUGCAUGUUUCAGUGCAUAAAUCACAUCUCAGUGACAAUUUGAGUUAAUUGGUUAAUCUGAAACUACUCUGUUGCUAUCAAACCAUCUAAAAUAAGCAUUUAUAAUGAACUACAGUUUUGUUGUUCGCUGUAUUUAAACACAAACAGGGUAUCUUAUGAUCUAUGCUUCUGGUAUAGGUUGUAGAUGAAUAAAACACUAUAAAUCCAAGAAAUGAAUUAGGAAUUAUUAAUAAAUUCAAAAAAUGAAGCAUAUCAUGUUAAUUUUGACAUUUUUAGUUUUAAUUACUUAACUUUUAAUUCUCUUACAAUGUAAACAAUAUUUCACUAUUUUGUAACAAUAGGCUUCUAUUACAUAUAUUCUAAUUAAUAAAAACCACAGAGUCAAAUGGAAAAUCAUUUUCUAAGUUGCCCUGUCCACUUCACAUUACUAAAAAGCACAGUUACAUAAUAUAGGUCAGGAUUUGUUUCUUUAAUAUGUUUAUGUUUUAUUUUAAUGAGUACAAAUCUGAUGCAAACAAUAAUAUGGGACGAGAAAGGAACUUUAUGCUGAACAGAUGAUAUUCAGUCUAUAUGCUGUUCUGUUAAUAUGUGACCAGGUUCAGAUCAAUGUCUUCACCUGGUGUAGCAACGUUUGGCCAGGCCAACUUUAAACAAAUUAUGCUCUCUAAACAGGAGUUUGUGUAAAUGUUUAAAAAGUUUUUAUUUAACUAAUCAAGUUUACCUCUUUACACUGAGAAAUAUGGGCCCAAGUAUGCAUAUGGUUUUGGUACAGAGUUUUUUUUCUACAUAAGACUUUUACGAUAUGGACUGUUUUUAAUACAAAUAAAUGUUUUUGCAUCAUA